UUUGAGACCGUUGCUAGGGAAACGGGGCGAGACUCUGGAUUCACCCCAUGGCUUUCCCUGGGCGGGCCUAGACGCCCCGGGGGCGUGGUUACAGGAGUGACGCACGGAAGGGGCGGGGCAGAAGCUAAAAGGACCUGCGACCACGGGACGGGCUACACUCCAGAGCGCAUGCGUGCGGUGCUGCGGUGGGGAAUCCCUGGAAGUCUUCGGCCAGGAGCGGUGGAAGUGGGCUAUGGCAGCCGCAAGGGCCCCUCCAGACGUAGCUCUGCGAGAAUCCACCCAGCGAAAGCUGCGGAAGUUUUCAGAGCUGAGAGGCAAACCUGUGGCAGCUGGAGAAUUCUGGGACAUUGUUGCAAUAACAGCUGCUGACGAACGACAGGAACUUGCUUAUAAGCAACAGCUCUCAGAAAAGCUGAAAAGAAGAGAGUUACCUCUUGGAGUUCAAUAUCAUGUUUUUGUUGAUCCUGUUGGAGCUAAAAUUGGAAAUGGAGGAUCAACACUUUGUGCUCUUCAGUGUUUGGAAAAUCUGUAUGGAGAUAAAUGGAAUUCCUUUACCAUCCUAUUAAUUCACUCUGGUGGCUACAGUCAGCGCCUUCCUAAUGCAAGUGCUCUGGGGAAAAUUUUCACGGCUUUACCUCUUGGUAACCCAAUUUAUCAGAUGUUAGAAUUAAAACUAGCCAUGUACAUUGAUUUUCCCUCACAUAUGAAUCCUGGGAUUCUGGUUACCUGUGCAGAUGAUAUUGAACUUUAUAGUCCUGGAGAAUCUGGGUUUAUUAGAUUUGACAAGCCUGGCUUUACUGCUUUAGCUCAUCCAUCUAGUUUGACUGUAGGUACCACUCAUGGAGUAUUUGUCUUAGAACCUUUUGAUCACUCAGAACGUAAAGACCUUGAGUACAGGUGCUGCUAUCGUUUCCUUCAUAAGCCCAGUAUAGAAAUAAUGCACCAAUGUGAUGCUGUGUUUAGAGCUAGAAAUUUUUCUCAGCAGGACUUUGCUGGGGAUAAUAUUCCUUCUCUUAAAUUGGACACUGAGUAUGUCUACACAGAUAGCCUAUUUUACAUGGAUCAUAAAUCAGCAAAAAAGUUACUUGCUUUUUAUGAAAAAAUAGGCACACUGAACUGUGAAAUAGAUGCAUACGGAGAUUUUCUGCAGGCUUUGGGACCUGGAGCAACCAUGGAGUACACCAGAAACACAUCAAAUGUCACUAAGGAAGAGUCAGAGUUGAUAGAUAUGAGGCAGAGAAUAUUUCAUCUUCUUAAAGGAACAUCACUAAAUGUUGUUGUUCUUAAUAAUUCCAAGUUUUAUCACAUUGGAACAACUGAAGAGUAUUUGUUUCAUUUGGCAUCAGAUAGCAGUUUGAAAUCAGAGCUCGGCUUACGGUUCAUAGCUUCUAGCAUUGUUCCAGCAAUACCAGAAUGCUUUGGUAAAACUUCCUGUGUCAUUCAGAGUAUACUGGAUUCAAGAUGUUCUGUGGCACCUGGCUCAGUUGUGGAGUAUUCCAGAUUGGGGCCUGAUGUUUCAGUUGGGGAAAACUGCAUUAUUAGUGGUUCUUAUAUCAUAACAAAAGCUGUCCUGCCUGCAUAUUCUUUUGUGUGCUCUUUAAGUUUAAAGAUGAAUGGAUACUUAAAGCAUUCAACCAUGGCAUUUGGAGUGCAAGACAACUUAAAGAAGAAUGUUAAAACAUUGUCAGAUAUAAAGUUACUUCAGUUCUUUGGAGUAUCUCUCCUGUCAUGCUUAGAUUCUUGGAAUCUUAAAGUUACAGAGAAACUGUUCUCUGGAAACAUGACAAGUUUAAGUCUGUGGACUGCUCGCAUUUUCCCAGUCUGUUGUUCUUUGAGUGAUUCAGUUACAACAUCCUUAAAGAUGUUAAAUGCUGUAAAGAACAAGUCAGCAUUCAACCUGAAUAGCUAUCAGCUGUUGUCCAUUGAAGAAAUGCUUGGCUAUAAAGAUGUAGAAGACAUGAUAGCUUAUAGGGAGCAAAUUUUUCAAGAAAUUAGUUUAAAGAAAAAGCAGUCAGAUUUAGAGACAUCUUAAAUAUAUACUUUACCUUUAAUUGAGCAAGAUAGCAAAUAUAGAAGCUUUCUGUAGUCUUUUUUUAUUAUUUGUUUCACUGAAGUAAACUCAUGAAAUUUAUUUUAACACCAUUACUGUAGCAUAACACUAAUAACCCCAAAAUAUUGAUAAGCCAUUUUUGAAGAAUUAAUAUUUCAACACAAUAAAUUAAAAAGGUGUGCUUUUUUUUUUUUGAAUAUUUGUCAUUAAUUUUUCCUUUUAAAACGAAUGGUUUUGUGGAGCAUUAUUUGGUUCAUAUAAUACCAUAAUAGGUUUAAAUAUAAUUUUCUAAAAGUACCUUUAGAGUUUUUCCAUUUUCUUUUGACCUUUGAUUUUAAUAAAGUUCUGAGUGUUUACUGAUAAUUUUCAUGAGAAAUGUAGUCCUGUUUAGAAGAACUAAUAAAAAUGGCGUGGUAUAGGGUCUUCAGAAACAAAUGCAUUGCUGACAGGUUCCGAUUAAGUCAGUGCUUAACAAACUGUGAUUAUUUAAGUGGAUAACUAGAUACAAACAGUUUUGAAAUUAAUGUUAAAUUUUGUAUCUCUUACCUAUUCAUCUUAUCAAAAUGAAAUGAAGAGGAUGUAUAUGUUAUUUUAUGCUUAUGAACUUGGACAUGUAUGUAUAUCUUACAAAUUUUAUUUAAAAUUCUAUUUCACAGGAAAACGCUUACAUAUACACAAUUAUUUCUGUGGGGAAAAUGAUAGGAAUAAUCAAGAUAUACUGAUAAUCAUAUAACUUCAUUUUGGCCAUUACUCUCAUUCCCUCCUAUUGACCUCUUUAACAGAACUGUUAAAUUGCCAGAGGGACUGACUUUACUUUUUAUUGUUUAUUUUUUGUGCACAUUAUGGUAAUGUUGCUGAGGAGCAAUAAUUGGCUAGAAGUUAAAAAAAACAGGAGGGAGGCAGAAGAACAGAAAGACUUACAUAAUGCACAGUUGAUGAACAUCUGAAAAUAAAAAUUGGCUAGACCCCCAAGUUACGUGUUCCUGCUUUGGUAAAGCACAUAUGUAAAAUGUCUUCAUAACAAAGUCUAAUAAUUAUUUAGAGAUAAGAUUUGUCAGUAUUUGGUGUUUUAAAUUAACAUGUGUAAAUUAAAAUAAGAACUAGUUCUUAUUGCAUGUGUAAAUAUUUACAUAUUAACUUGUCAAUAUGAAAGUAAUUGUUUGGUAAACCUAAAGUGACUUGUCUGUGGCCCUCAACUAUUUAUGUGCGGGUUCCCCCCCCCCAUUUUUCUGUGUUUUUCUUAAAGAGAAAGUAAAAAUGUAUGGUAGUUGUUUAACAUUUAUUACCAAUUCGCAGAGUUUUCAGGGAGUGUCAUGUGUUUGUCUUUAAUUAAAUGUUCCGUACUGUACUUCACCUAAUUUAAAGUGCCAUCAAUUAUAUGAUUCACCAUUAAGAAAGAGGAAACUACCAAUAAAAUACACCGUGAUGCUUUCUUUGUUACUUGGAAUUUUUAUAUUUAUUGUAUAUUGAAGAUCUCUUUUACAUGUAUCUAGAUAGAGAUCCUUGUCAUUAUCAUUAUGGCAUAUACAUAUAAUGGAACAAAGAAGUGAAAUCUAUAGUCAAGACAUUUCUGAAACUGCACACUCAGAGUUGAACUCUUUUGAAUACUCAGAGUUGUUGAUAGCUAUGUGUUUCCACCCAGUGACACCUUCUGUGCCCCAGAUAUAUUGGUAAGGCUGCAUUUCCUACGAGUGACCCGCCAGGCUACUAUCUAGAUUUUCCUGCAAGGUGCAGAUAUCUGUUCUGCAAAUUUUGAUUCUGAUGGCUUCAUUUUUUAACAAAACCUAGUUUCAUUAUUUGACUCAGUUUAAUCACAUGUCCCUAGAAGGUAGGUGGCUGCUAUUCAAAGUCAGCAGGAAGUUUCUGAAAAAUUAAUGCUCAGUGUUUUAAUCAUAACCCUGCACAAUGAAUGAACUCUAGUUGCUUUGAAAUGACUAUUGCUUCCUGGCUAAUAACCAAAAAAACCAAACCCGGUGCCAUCGAGUUGAUUCUGACUCAAUAGCUAUUGUAAAACACUAUCAAUUGUAAAACACAUUCUCUUUUCAGAGAUAUUAAAAUGUGGAGGAAAAAAAUACAGUGAAUUAGAGGAAAUCUAAUCUAGCUGUAAGUUGGAAUCAACAGAAACAGGUACAGGGUAAGUGUAUCUUAUUAAAAAGUUCUAGAAAAAAAAAAUAAAAGGUCAAUCUUAAUUUCCACCUUAAAGUUUGGUGUACAUGAUGAUAGGAAAAAAAAAAGAGUAUUUUUGAUGAGUAACAAUCACAAUUUUUUUCAGCCAUUUAGGCUCCCAAUAAAAAAUCAUAUUUGGUUUUAUCUAUUUUUGAAUUUUAAAAACACUAAACAAUUUAGGACUGCAUGUUUUUGUUAGAUGCCCUCAAGUCAGUUCCAAUUCAUAGCGACCAUAUGUAUAACAGAAAGAAACACUACGCGGUCCUGUGCCAUCCUCAAAAUGGUUGCUAUGGUUGAGCACGUGUAUGUUUGAGGCCUGCAUGUAUAAGUAUGAAGUUAAAUGUUUCCCCUGAUUUUAUAGGAGGCCUCGUUAUAACUGUAUUUCAAUCAUAUACUCUCAAAGUUUGUAAAGGACUCCCAUUAUUUGUAACUAACUAUAUUCCAUAAACUUAUUGAUGAGCUAAAGAUAAUGAUCAAGAAGGGAAAAAAUUUAAAACAUUGAUAGUAAUCCCAGGCAUUUAUUCUCUUAACUGCACAAAGCAGAAAUAGAGUAUAUCAGUUUAUACUAAUUUGAAAUGAAGCUUCAAAACCCAAGUGAUAUACUGAAAGUCACAAAAAUAGGAUGCCAUAUAUCCAAAAUUAAUUUCCACAACCUGUAGUUAUCCAUUUAUCUUCUGUCUGAGCAAUACUCCUAAUUAUAUAAAGAUUACCAAAUUCAGCAAUAGAGCCAGAUCAAAACUUGGCCGGGCGCAAAAUGUGGGCAUUGCUGUCGCAUACAGCUGGUAGGCUGUGCGCCUCACAAGAUCGGCUGUGCCAUUCAGUACACCAUGAGGUGAAUAGUGCCCCCUGGACUUGAGCAGCUUGGAGACCCAGAAUCCAGGCAUCUUACUCUGUUCUUCUUGUGUCCGCUCGAGUCGAUUCUGACUCAUAGCAGAAUUAAAGGGAGAGGGAGAAGGAAAAUAAAAAGCACUUGCUAUUAGUUUGCUAAAAACUGAAAGACUUUCAGAUGAACUUUUUGUUGAUAUUGUUGAGUUAGAUAAAAACACACAAGUCUUCAUCUGUAUCAGGAACUAAAUUAUUAAAGAAAGGAAGACUUUUUAAACUCACUUGGAAGACAACUUUUUAAUUCAUUAGUGUCAGGGAAAUAAAGCAACCAUUAUCUUCUUAGUUUAACUUAAAUCAUUUGCGCUCUAGAAUUUGUGUUAAGACAAAGCCAAUUUCAGUUGAGGUUAAUGGAACACAACUUCUACUGUUUAUACUUGGUGUAAUUGUACUACUAAUAUUCCUUGUAUUGAACUUUGUCAGGGGCGGUUUACAUUCUCCAAUACCAGUGUGCUAAACUCUGUGUACUGGCAUUCUUCAUGCUCCCUUUUAUCUAUUUUCACGGGAAUAUCUGAUUUUAUAUUUAUAUAUGUAUAUAUAUAAAGGGCAAGUUAAUGCUAAUCCCUGGUGGGAGAGUACUAGUUCCUGGGCCUGAUAGGGCUACAUACAUGAGCCACAACAAACCAUACUUGUCACAUUGUUCAAACUUGCCCAUUUGUAGGCUAGUAAACCACAGUUUUGGGUCUUGUUACAAUUCUUUAGUGAACAGAUAAUAAACCUUGAUUCCAUUCCAAUAUUGAUAUUUUGGAGAACUGAGAGGAAGAUGUUUGUCAGUUAGUCACUGUUAUCAUCCACCUGUAAAGCAGGUUGAUUGUUGACAUUUGUGUCUAAAGAUGUUCAUCUCAAGAGUGUUAUUGCCGAUUCAAGUAAGUGAUUAAAACUAACAGCUAAUGUUUCCUCCUGGGCUGCUUGGACAAAUAGUUUAUCUUUUAGAAGCCUCUGGCUACAGGGCCUCUCUUAGCCUCCCAAAGUAUAAAAUUCAACCAUUCAAACAGAGCAAUUCAUUUCUGAUUGCUGCAGACUAGUGCAAUCCAUCUGCUACUGUCAUUUCCCAGCUAUCUGUGCCAGAAUUAUAUUCCUUCAAUUGUGUUUUGGUGCUUCGCUGAAACAAUCUAAACUCUAAUGUCUGUAUUCUUUGGGCACUGUUUUAUGAUGUGUUACUGAUCUGCUUGUUGAAUCUCCAGCCUCCUUCAAGGCUUUUAAAAUCUUUGUCACAGUGAACACUUUGUAGCUAAGUAACCUAGGCAUGUGAGUGAUCUUUCAAAAUUUUCUUUUCUCACUGGUAUCCACACUUCUCUCUUUGCAGAACAUUUAGAUGGUUCAAGUUAGUUUUCAUUUACUUCUUCCUUGUAGGAGUGUUGCAUCACUCAGAAAAGAAUUAAAAUAUUUACAUCUUGAGGCAAAAAUCUUUUAAGACGCCACUCUUGAAAUCAAGUCAGUGUUCGUUUCAUUUGCAGGUUGAGAAAUGUGCUGCUAAAUGAAGUUUUACAUGAUUGGUUUCUUUCCUAUUAUUUUUAGCCUCAAGGUUUGAAAAAAUAAAUUAUAUCCACCAAUAUGCUGUUCUUCAGAGAAGUUUCAAACAUUUUUAGUAAAAUCUUUAACUAGAAAACUUCUCCUAUACAAAGAAAUAACUAUGAUAAUAACAAGUGACCCAAGUGCAGGUUUUAAUAUACAGGCACACUGAGGAGGUCGUAAAUUAUAAAAUCCACUACUUAUAUAUCACUUCGAUCAAUUUUUAAUGAAAUGUAAUAAGAAGGAUCAUCACUCAUUAUAAUUGGUUAAAGUUGAUAGAGCUUCUAAUUAACUAUUACCCAGUCAAAGAGCUGUAUAUGGAAGCUAGCAGAUAAAAAAAAAAAAAAGAAAGAAAUAUGAGUUGUAGAGAAAUAUUAUUUUUCUAUUUGUUACAACUGCUGGUUUUUAAAUACAAAAGGAAUAUUUGCUAUGAGUUCAGUGAAAGAAGGGGCAAUUUGAGAAACUCCAUAUUUCUUAAGGUGAAUUUUUCUCACUCCCUAGCUCCAAGUUACAAAUAUGCUGUGAUUUCCCAUAACACAAAAAAUAAACAACAAUGCAAACAGAAUUUAGCCAUACUAUUUCAUCAGGAUACAGACUUUCAUGUGUUUCAUUUACAUAUUUUUGAAGUUGUCUACACUUGCCAUUAUAAUGUAUCCAACCUUGAAUUCUAGGUUUGUAUAUACACCUGCCUGCUUCAUAUCUCUCCCUUACUGGAAAGGUUCAAUAGGCAUCUCCAUUUAGAGAGCUCUUAUCUUCUAUCAACCCAAUGAUAUUUUGCAUCUCAAUAAAUGACCCAACCAUCCACUGAAUUCCACAAGACAAAAACUUAGAAAUCAUCCAUGCCUCCUCACAUGAUUUCUCUCCAUUUCGUCAAGUCAUCUAUACGUUGAGAACAUAGCCAGAAUCCAUCCACUUCAUCAAUUCUUACUCAAGCUACCACCCAUUGUUACCUAGAUUAAUGCAAUAACCUUUUAUUUUUUUAAGUGGCAUAGCCCCUUCUUUUAUGCAGUAAAAACAAACUGACUUUUAUAAUUGCGGCUGAAGGCGAAGUUGUGGAAAAACUGGAAAGAAAAGAUAUUUUAGAAGAUUGAGCUGCAUUGGAUGUUGAGAGAAAAGAAAUGUGACCAUUUCAAAAUUCCUUUACUGAUUUAAUCAGCAUUAUAUCCUAUUUUGGAGCCCUGGUGGUGCAGUGGUUAAGUGAUAGGGCUGCUAACCAAAAUGUUCGCAGUUCAAAUCCACCAGCUGCUUCUUGGAAGCCCUAUGGGGUAGUUCUACCUUGCCCUCCAGGGUCACUGUCGACAGCAACGGCUUGAUACCCUAUUUUGCUUUCCUUGAGGAUUCUCUUUUAGGAUGAUAAUUCAUAACACUUUAUAACAUUCUACGGUUUUGCCUAGUGAUAGCCUGCAAUCUCUUUAAAACACACAUUUCCCUUUACAUAUAGGCGACAUUAGGUCGACCUCUAUUUUAAGCCCAAUGCUAUUGCUGUUGUUAGGUGCCUUCAAGUCAGUUUCGACUUACGACGACCCUAUGUUCUACCUUGCCUUAUAGGGUCACUAUGUACAACAGAAUGAAACACUGCCUGGUCCUGCUCCAUCCUCACAAUCGUUAUGCUUGAGCCUGUUGCAGCCACUGUGUCAAUCCAACUCCUUGAGGGUCUUCCUCUUUUUUGCUGACCCUCUACCAAGCGUGAUGUUCUUCUCCAGGGACUGAGCCUCCCUGAUUUUAUGUCCAAAGUAUGUGAGAUGUGGUCUCGCCAUCUUUGCUUCUAAGGAGUAUUUUGGUUGUACUUCUUCCAAGACAGAUUUGGUUGUUCUUUUGGCAGCCCAUGGUGUAUUCAAUAUUCUUCACCUACACUACAAUUCAGUGGUAUUAGUUCUUCUUGGGUCUUCCUUAUUCAUUGUCCACCUUUCACAUACAUAAUGAGGUGAUUGAAAACACCAUGGCUUGGGUCAGG